CGGGAGCUGCAGAACCGCCGCCCCGAGCCGCAGCCGCCAGCCGGAGCGGGUGUUUCAUUGUCCGGAAAUGAUGGAGCAGCAGUGACUGCGGCGGCGGGACAGCGGGUCGCGUGUUAGUUUUGUCGGAGAGGGGUGCAGGCUCUCUGUUUCUCGGCGAGAGAGCUGGCAGAUGUCCCAAGUGAGAGAACCUCUUCCUCCGGGGCCUGGAGGGCCAGAGCAAGCUCCGACUGAAAACAGCUCUUUGAUCUCUCUCCCUCGAGGAAAAACUGACCAAGAGACUCCUGUGGCAGGAGAUAAAGACAUAAACCAGCCUUCCAGUAAUCAAAGUAUACAAGCAGAGAUACAAGAGCAGUCCAUCUGGGGAAAUGGCACUGAUGGUGACCUCAUCAGAACACAACCUCAACGUUUGCCUCAGCCAAAUACUUCAGCACUGGAAAGGAGUGAGGAAGAAAGUGGCAGAAUCCAAAACGGCCAUGUGGGUCUGAGUAAUGGAAGUGGAAUUCACAAUGGGGUCAAGCAUAUGCCUGCAGACAACAGAAAGCUUUCGUCUCCCGUUUCAGAAAAAAUGCACAGAAAAAUUCAGUCCACCUUGUCUGUCAACAGCAAUAGCAGCAAGAAGAGUAAAAUAAGCUCUGUGUUUUCUCAAAAGCAAGGUACUUCACCAGAAGAUUGCUGUGUUCACUGUAUCCUGGCCUGCUUGUUCUGUGAAUUCCUCACGCUCUGUAACAUUGUGCUGGGACAAGCCUCCUGUGGCAUCUGCCCGUCGGACGCCUGCUGCUGCUGCUGCGGGGACGAGGUGGGCGAUGACUGUAACUGCCCGUGCGACAUGGACUGUGGCAUAAUGGACGCGUGCUGUGAAUCCGCAGACUGCUUGGAGAUCUGCAUGGAGUGCUGUGGGAUCUGCUUCCCAUCCUGAAAUAUUUAACCCUUUCUAUUUUAUUCUCUAUAAAACUGGAGAGCUUUUCUUUAAAUCUAUUUGAAGAAAGACAAGGUAAGAUUUUUACACUUGCACUGUUAAUCCCUUUAUAGAAAUAUUUUUUUAAAUAGCAGUCCUUAAAUCUGUAUUCUAACACAAAUUGUAUAGUUUUGUAUGUGAAACCAAAGCUACAUUCCAGCUUCCUUUUGGCUUUGCAAAUGGAAGAGUUUAUUGAAAGUGGAUUAUAGGCCUGAUACUGCAGGCCAUAUGAAGGCAAAAUUGCCAUUUGAAUUGAGUGAUAGGUUUUGGUCAGAGAGCAGACUGCAAGGCAAAGCCUUAAGUAUUUGCCUUUACCUACUUUAAUGUUUAAACACUCAAAUGCCUCCAUGCCUUUACAGGCAUUCCGAAAAUAAAAAUAUCUGUAUUUCUCUCUCUUUGGGUUGAAAGCAACUUUGCUCUACUGUUUUAAACUUAAUUCAAAAGCCAGCAUCAGAAUUCUACCGUUGGUUUUGCUACAGUGGUCAUGUUGGCAAUAUGUCUUUUGUUUUGAAUAUCUCAUUGAUUAGAGAGCAAUUCCUGGUGCUUUCCAUUGCUGAGCUUAUCUGACAAUCUUAAGUCAAAUAUAAGUUUUGCCCUGGACUAGAAGAGUACCAGGAUUUAUUUGUCAUCAAUCAAGACAGAAUAGAGACCUUAUCAUUUUAGUUCAGUACUAUUAUUAUUUGAAAUGCUUCAUCUUAUAAAGAGGCUUUGGAAAUCUGUGUAGACAUUAAAUAUAUCCUUAGAGUAACAAACUAAUAGACUAACAAUACUUCAAAAAUUGGCUAUAAGAGGAAAAUUAUUAGAAGUUAAUUCAAGAAUCUAAACCAGUACAUUAAGUGGCCUGGUCAGUGUUUAUGGCUUUGGGACCAGUGUCACAUAACUUAGUAUUUAUUUCUUUACAGUGUAAGAAAGAUCUACUGAGAGUAGCAGAAUUUAAACAGGGUAUGAAAAAAAAUUAGAACUGACUUGAUCGAGGAAUCCUGCCAUUAAAUUUAAAAAAACAAGUGAAAAAAAUGUUUAUUGUCUGAUAUAUUCUAAAUUUUAUUUUUAAAUAAUUGUGUAAAAAAAGAUAAUUUAAAAAAUAUAUGCUUUAAAAAUAAAAGGAUUGGUAUUUAAAAUGUUUAAAAAAUACAGUUAGAAACUGUUGGACCUAAAUGUAUAUUCUCUAUUAUGCCUUUAAGACAUUCCAAGAAAUAUCUCUCUUUUGUAAUCGUGAUUGUGGAACACAUAAAGAGGUUUAUGGCAUUCUCAGAUUUAGGGAAUCAAAAUAUCCAUUUUCUUUACCAUCCGGUAAUUUGUCCCCUCCAUAUCUGUAGCUCACAAACUUUCCUGUGUAAACCACCCACACAUCUUGAUCUCACAAACCUUCCUGUUUACACUCCAGAUAUUCCAUUUGUAGAGUGUAGAUUUGUAGAGAAUCUUCAAUAGCCAAUAGCAUGUGUGAUGAGAGAAUUGGCCAUAAAUGUCUAUUUCUACUAUAGUGAAUUCAAUUUAUACAAAUGUGACAAGUUGAAGAUCACAGGAGUGUGAACUAAGUCGACAAAUGGUCUGACAUUAACCAAAGCUUCUUCUUGUGAACACUGACUAGUAGUGCCUACUACUGCAAGUUAUCACUGAAGCCAAAUCCUUAACUUUACUAGGGAGCUGGGAAGGGUUACGUUUUGCCUCAGCAUAUGCAACACUGUGGUGUAUUCUGAUGCAAUGCAGAAUCACCCUCAGAGGGUUUCCUAAUCUGUUUUUGAUAGUUGCUACAAGUAUUAUUCUUAUUUUGUUUUUUUUCCCCCAUAUAUUGCGCCAGAUUCUGAUCUUUAUUGCAUAAAUUAAUCGCAUUUCCAUUCAUGUCAGAAUUUUCUAUUGGUUAAAUUCCAGUUAAAGAGCACAAAAAUAUUAUGGUAAUAGGCAGGCUAAUAAGGAAUAAUAUAGUUAAACUGAUAAAUUCCCAGUGCUCAGAAUCAGGCUCAUGGGGCUCAAUUAUGACUCCUAAAAGGCUGAACCACAUUGGGAAGGGGGAAGAGGUGCCUUGGUUGAGUGGCAUUGCCUGGAGGCAUUUUGUCUUUGUAAGGCAUAAUGCCUCUGGGGAAAUUGGGGGCAUCACAGUGAGCAUUGGGACUCAAUGCACCUUGGAAAAACUCUAGACAGUACUUUGUCCAUUGCAGGUCUGUGGUUGACACCAUGGUUGUGGGAACAUGUUCUCUGGGGCUAGACAGCACCAUGAGCUGUCUUUCCUCAUGUCCUUCUGGUCACAGAGAGGUGAAUUAUGGCUGCUUCUUGUCAGGGAAGGGGACUUCCAGUCUCUUGUCCUGCCCCAAUAUCCAUGCUCUGCUGGAGCACUUCCAGUUCUGUGCUUGGAAAAUGCACAUUUGUGUAUCAUGCUUUUAGUGAAUGCUAGAUCUUACUAAAAAUUACUUUUACCACCUGUUGAUAUGGUUUAAAAAAAAUUAGAAAUUACCAAUCUAGGAAGUUCUUUUCUGUAAAAGUUAUCUAUAGGAUUUGCCCUGCACAAACCCUUGUUUCUACUUACUGGAACUUAGUGGGUUUUUGAUUUACUGAAAUUAUGAAAACAAUAAUUAUAAGAACUUUGUUCAUGCAUAUGUGUAUAUACUUUUUCUCACAUACAUGGACAUACACACACAGAUAUGUCUUUUCCCACUUUAUUUUUGAGAUACUAGGAAUGAAAAUAGUGUUAUUAACCUCAUAAUGAUUAUAAGUAUCAAAGUAUUACAAUUGAAAAAAUAAAAAAUUGUGUAUUUUGUUUGACAUUUACAUGUAAUCUGCUACUGUUUGUCAUAGAGAUAUUAGCACUUUUGAAAAAUAUAUCUUUGUAGCAGAGAAUAUUAGCAUGUAGUUUAAGGAAUUCCUUUCUAUAUUUAUAUCCUUAAAUUGUGUUUUGUAAUUUUUACUCUAUAAUCUUAUAAGCACCUUGUAUAAUAAAAAAAGAGCAAAAUUAGAAGUCAAAUGUGAAAAUAGAAUUUAAAUAAAAUGAAAACCUUAGAACUUAAUUGUCUAUUUUAUAAUAGUUCUUGUGAACUUGUACAGUGUUUCAGUUUAUAGUUCUGCAAACUGGCCCAUUUGAAAAACAUGCUGUUUGUAUUUUAUAUCAAUUGGAUGUGCUACUUGCAAACACUAUUUUGAAAUAAAGAUCUUUAUUUUGAAACUUUUGGAUAU